AUGUAUGAUUCAAUAUUAUAGUAUUUUAUGAGUAUAUUUAUAGAUUAGGAACUUAAAAAGAGUAGAAAUAAAAAAGUAACGAUCAAUUUUUAAUUUAGUAUAAAAUAAGUAUUUGUUAGAGAAUAAAAGGAAUUUAAGGUUAUUUAAAUGAAAUGGAAGAGUUUUGAAUAGAAAAUCAAGAAAUUAUGGCAAAUUAAUUAUAAUUUAUAAAGUUAAUAUAAAAUAAAAAAUUAUGUAAUUAAGGCGGCAGGGAAAUGUUCUAUUUUUCUAAUUUGUGUUUUUUUUUGUUUUUGA